UACUACCAUAGGCUCCCCACCUGCAUAGCAUCAGUGUAUCUGAGCUCACUCCUUUCUCAGCUUUCGGACCACACGCCUGCCCGAGCUGGAGACAUGGAUGGAUGAUGAGAAGGAGCAGGAGAGGGUACGGAGCGGGGCAGGUAAUGCAUCCAAGGGCUCCGUGAAGGUGUUUAGGUUGUCGGGGAACGAUGAACGGCCGGGAAACACCUCCUCCGCCGGUUCAUGUCCAUGUCCCUGGAACCACUCCGAUCCACGUCCAUAUGAAAAGAAGUCCCAGCGCCAGCAGAAAGCAACAGGGGAAGACAUUUGACCCUCAGAGUAAAGAUGGCAGAAGACCCAAAGCUCCUCCUUGGAUUCCUCCUGGAAAAACUCCAACGCGACGAAAUAUGGACUCUGCUUAUGAUAGUCAGAGAAGCCGAUCUUUGUGCCGCUCGGGCUCUGGUGUCAAGGACAGACCUGAACUGGAUGAAGAGGAUGAUGGUGUGGCUCCUGUCUCGAGAAGUCUGACAGUUUUACUCAAAGAAGAACAGGACGCCAAACGCAGACUCUCCAGGAAGUCUGAAUGUGGAGCUCAGUUCAGAGACACAGAUGAGCUGCUCAGAGCUUUGGUGGAGGCUGACAUCGAUGGAGCCGCAGUAACCAAUCAGCUCUCAGCUCUGAAGGAGACAGUGGACGGGCUCUCCACGGUGAAGCGUCUGGGUAAAAUGCACACCACGUCUCUAAACCGGCAGCGAGAUUUACUGUUGGAGAAGAUUGAGAUGUUUGCGAGCACCAGCCACAGCCUUCGAGCACUGCUGCGAGAAUGGAGCGAGCAAGAGAGAGAGUCACUGCUGUGGUCUGAGGAGAGAGAAGCUCUAAAGAAAAGACUCACUGACUGUGAAGCAGAGAAAAUUAGGCUUACAGCCAAGCUCUCAAACAAAGAAAAAGAAGCAACAAAACUGGCUGCGUCCCUGGACUUGGAAAAGGAAAGUAACCAGACAUCGGAGGAGCUGUCUAAACUCUUAGAGUCGACUCGUAUCCAUUUGGAAACUCAACUGGACCGAGCUCAGACAGAAAACGCCCAACUCACCUCUCAAAUCCAGAGGAUGCAGCAGACCCAGGAGCAGAUGCAGGUGGAGAUGCGUUCACUGACGGACGAGUUGUGGACCGUGAAGCGUUUGAGGGACGACGAGGAGCGGGAGAGGAGAGAGCUGGAGAUCGAGCGAGCGGAGCGUGCCGAAGAGGAGAUGAAGAGACUCUCAGAAAAGCUACAGCAGAAGGAGUUGCAGCUGACUCAGGCCUUGUCCUCGUCCAGUGAAUGGUGCAUUCGACACCAAAACGAAGUCUCGGCCAAAGAACAUCUGGAGCAGGAAAUCCCACUGCUCAAACGUCGUGUUUCUGAGCUGGUGGAUCAGCUGCACCUGUGUGAGCAGCAGAACCUGAGUGAGCGAGAGGAGCUCCAAGCACAGAUUAAACACAUGACUGAACAGAACGCCGCUUUGAACACAGAGAAUCACAAACUCAAGGGCGAGUUGUCUGCAUCAGAGGAGAGAUUCAGAGAUCUGCAGUCUGAAGCUCGAGGACUCAAAUCCCUCCUCAGAAAACAUGAGAGCCAGGUGGAGAAAUACAGGAAGAAGCUGCAAGAGAGCCGUUUGGAGUCGGAGCGGUUUGUCCAAAAGCUGGAGGAGGCUGAGGCACAGAGCAGAGAGCUGAAGAUACAGCUGAGUCUGGAGAAGGAAGGACAGAAGCGCCACCUGCACAACCGUCUGCGAGAGCUCGAGGACCUGCCCGAGAAAAUCAGACAGACCGAGCAGCGCCUGAAGGCAGCACAGCAGAGCGCUGAGAUGCACGAGAAGAGGAACAGUGAACACACCACCGCACUCGCCCAACUACGACUCAAGGUGGAACAGCAGGGGGCGCAGUUGGACCUGGCUCAACAGAGAAACACACUUCUACAAGAUGAAAACAACAGCCUCCACAAGAAAACACAGACUUUAGAGCGUAAACUGGAGGAUCUGAAAGUCCAGUCCACAGCUCAGUCCCAGAACCUGGUUCUGAAGGAGAGUUUGGUGUUGAAGUUGGAGAAGGAGCUGGAGGAGCGAGGUCUGGAGGUGUCUGUUUUAAACUCCAAACUGCAGCAGAGUCUCCAGGACGCCAAGAGACAGACCGAGGAGGAAAUGCAGAGGCUCCUGUCCAAAGAGCACGUGUCCCAGUCCAAAGCUUUAGAUUUACAGAGUGAACUGAGCCGAGCCAAGACAGAGCUCAGCCUGCUGCAGAGGAGCAAACAGGAGAUGGAGCGCCGGUUUCAGGGGCAGCUGCAGAACCUGAAGGAGAGACUUGAACAGAGCGACUCAACAAACAGAGCUUUGCAAAACUACGUCCACUUUCUCAAAACAUCGUACGGAAACGUGUUUGGAGAAUCUUUGAUGCCGAGUCACUGACAAAACCACACAUAACUCACAAUAUGGUGCUCAGAGAUGCCUUUGUACCAAUAUGAAGUUUUUAUAUUGAUUUUUGU